GAGAGUUUUUUGUUUGGCCGUGGAGAGUAAAGAAGAUAAUAUUGUGGCUCCGCCGAGAGUGCAGAAUUUCCAGUCAAAUGUGCAAUAGAAAGUGAAAGAAGAGCGCAAUCAGAAGACCAGUGAGAGGCAGCAGAAGCGAUCUUGUGGAGUUUGUGCGCGCGUGAGGAAGUUGCGAAGCAAAAAGCAAGAUGGCAAUGUCAAAGGGUUUCCGUGUGCUGGAGAAAAAACAACCCCCGAGUCCGCACAGUGUCAUCCUUGAGCAUCGCAACAAAUCCGAGACUCUCCUGUUUGAGUCCCAGGCCGUGGCUGUUCUCUCCGCCCAGGAGACAGACGCAAUAAGGCGGCAAUAUGUGAAGAUUGCGGACGCCUACGGAUGCCUAGGCGUUCUGCAGCUCAAUGCCGGCGAGACUUCGGUGCUGUUCCUCGUUCUGGUGACGGGAUGCAUAAGUGUGGGCAAGAUUGCGGACGCUGAGGUGUUUCGCAUCACUCAGACGCAAUUUGUCUCGCUGCAGCAUCAAGUGCUGAGUGAGGAGAAGAUCUCUGAGGUGCGGAAGCUCCUCAAUUCGGGCACUUUCUACUUUGCAUGGAGCACAUCGCCGGUGAAGCAGCAGAUCUUCGACAUAACCAUCUGCGCCCAGCGAAAGCGCCGCACAACGGAGACCGACAAUCGAUUUUUCUGGAAUCGAAUGCUGCACAUUCACUUGAUGCGGUACAGCGUGGACUGCGACUUCUGGCUGCUGAGGGCUGUCUGUGGCUCCGUGGAGAUCAGGACGGUGUACGCGGGAAGUCGCCAGGCGCGAGCUGCCAUCAUCUCGCGACUGAGCUGCGAGCGAGCGGGCACGAGAUUCAACGUGAGGGGCACGAAUGACGAGGGACACGUGGCGAAUUUUGUGGAGACAGAGCAAGUGAUCUAUCUGGACAACGACGUGACAUCCUACGUGCAGACGCGAGGUUCUGUGCCGCUGUUCUGGGAGCAGCCGGGCGUCCAAGUGGGCUCACACAAGGUGAAACUCUCUCGCGGCUUUGAGGCCUCAAGAGUCGCCUUUGAUCGGCACAUGAGCAUGAUGAGGAAUCUCUACAACGCUUACGCAAUCGUGAAUCUCCUGGGCACGAGUCUGAUUGGGAGCAAAGAGGGUGAGGCAAUGCUGAGCAAUGAAUUUCAACGUCAUCAUAAGGAGUCAGACAACAUGGAUGUUCCUCACAUUGUCUACGAUUACCAUCAGGAGUGCCGUGGUGGGAAUAUGUCAGCCCUCGCGAAGUUAAAGAGUCGCCUGGAGAGUCUUUGUGCCCCAUUCGGGCUGUUCUUCAUUGCGGAUGAUCAGGUGAUGCGAGAGCAACGCGGCGUGAUCAGGACGAAUUGCUUGGAUUGUCUGGAUCGCACAAACUGUGUGCAGACAUACUUUGGCCUGGAUGUGCUGAGUGAGCAGAUUGCCCUUUUGGGAUUGGCGGACAAGAAGCAGAUGAUGGGACGAUUUGAGGAGGUGUUUAAGCAAAUGUGGAUCAACAAUGGCAACGAAGUGAGCAAGAUUUAUGCCGGAACGGGAGCAAUUCAGGGUGGAUCGAAGCUCAUGGAUGGCGCUCGAAGUGCGGCCAGAACCAUUCAAAACAAUCUCCUGGACAAUUCCAAGCAGGAGGCCAUCGAUAUUCUCAUUGUGGGCUCGACGCUGUCGUCUGAAUUGGCGGAUAGGGCGCGAAUUCUGCUGCCCUCGAAUAUGCUGCACGCUCCGACGCCUGUCCUGCGGGAGAUGUGCAAGCGAUACUCGGAGUACGUCCGACCGAGACCUCUGCGAAUCGCCGUGGGAACGUACAAUGUAAAUGGCGGCAAGCACUUCCGCUCGGUGGUGUACAAGGAUGUCUCGUUGGCUGAUUGGCUGCUCGAUUCGCACAUUUUGGCGCGCACAAAAUCGCUGGUGGAUGUGAGUCAGGAUAUUUCGCCGGAUGAGGAGGCGAUGCCCAUAGAUGUGUUUGCGGUGGGCUUCCAGGAGAUUGUGGAUCUCAAUGCCAGCAAUAUUGUGGCCGCCAGUUCGGACAAUGCCAAGGCAUGGGCUGAGGAAUUGCAGCGUGUGAUGAGUCGCGAGAAUCCUUAUGUUCUCCUCACGAGUCAACAGCUGGUUGGCGUGUGUCUGUUUGUGUUUGUGCGCCCGGAGCAGGCACAGUACAUCAGAGAUGUGGCGGUGGAUUCGGUGAAGACUGGACUGGGUGGUGCGACGGGCAAUAAGGGUGCUGCAGCCAUAAGAUUCGUAAUUCACGGCACUUCCAUUUGCUUCGUGUGUGCUCACUUUGCAGCUGGCCAAAGUCAAGUGACUGAGAGGAAUGCCGACUAUGCAGAAAUUACCAGGAAGAUUGCUUUCCCAAUGGGCAGAUCUCUCAAAUCUCACGAUUACGUCUUCUGGUGCGGCGACUUCAAUUACCGAAUAGAUAUGGAUAAGGAGGAGAUCAAGGAGUACGUGCAGCAGGGACAACUGGAGCCUGUGCUGGAGAAUGAUCAACUGCGAAAGCAACAAGAGGCGGGAAAUGUGUUUGGGGAGUUUCUCGAAGGGGAAAUUACAUUCCCACCCACGUAUAAGUAUGAUCUGUUUAGCGAUGAUUAUGACACUAGUGAGAAGUGUCGCGCUCCGGCGUGGACAGAUCGUGUUCUGUGGAAGCGUCGCAAGCCACAUCCGGACGCUGAUAAGUCGCCAAACUGGACAAAUGGCCAACUGAUCCACUAUGGUCGAUCGGAGUUAAAGCAGAGUGAUCAUCGGCCCGUGAUUGCUAUCAUUGACAUCGAAGUGUCGGAGAUUGAUGUGAAUUGCCGUCAGCAGGUGUUCCAGGAGGUGAUGUCCGAUUUGGGACCACCGGAUGCCACCAUUGUGGUGCAGACAGAAGACGCGGGCGAUGAUGAGAAGGGCGAGGGGAGUAUUUAUGAUGAGAACAUUAUGACGGCGCUGAUUCAGGAGCUGGCGGAAAUCGGUGAAGUGACUCUCGUGCGAUAUGUCAGGGAGACAAUGUGGGUGACUUUCCGGGACGGUCAGUCUGCCCUCACGGCGGCUAGUAAAGAGCGAUUGCAGAUCUGUGGCGUGGAGCUGCUGCUGAAACUCAAGACGGACAAUUGGCUAUCUCUGGUGGAGCGAGAGAUUGCCAUCUGCUCACCAAACACCGUGCCAUUCUGUGACAGCAGUCUGACCAACUCUGUCACGCCUGACUACAAUUGCUUGGGCAUUCCUGAAGUACCAAUGCGUCCACCUUCUGCUCCGGGAGUGCCUGCUAAGCCACCGCCGCCAUCGCGACCUCCUCUGCCGAAGUCUCCGCAGGCUUCGCCCAAGCAUCUGCCCUCGAGAGCCGGCGUGAUUAGUGUUACGGCUGAUAUUCUGGGCAAGGCGAAGCCUGUCGUUCCACCGCCACCGGCUGGAAUGCACCCAACUCGACCGCCACCGCCUCCGGUAGUGCCGAGUGAGUCACCAGUGCCGCAAUCAUCGCCGCCGGCGGACACAGGGGCUAUUUAUGAGGAGAUCAACGAUGAUAUUGACAUCCCGAAGCCUCGGGAACCAGCACCAGUAUUGCCGCCACAGGCUAACGAUGUCUACGAUCUCGAUUCGACGCCCACUCACAGUCCAGUGAAGAGUGUGCCGCCAGCUGGAGCUCCGCCACCCUUGCCAAUGCGUCGCAAUGCACCGCCCCCGAUCCCAGGUAGGUCAGGCAUCCCACCACCCCUUCCGGCACGACCCAGCAACCAAAACCCGUAGAUUGUGGAGAGACGACGCGCCCAGAAAGUUACUCACUAGCGAAUAAUUAUUGAAAAAAAAAAAGAUUUAUCAGAGAUAAUAUUAUGAUAUAUUAGUGCAAA